CCCAGUGCAGGGCACAAGAUUGCAGGAGACGUUGUGAAACUUCUGCCCUUUGCUCCAAGUGAGGAGAGGAUAUAUAAACCCGGCAGGAUCGCAACUCCGAUCAAAAGAAGAGCAAGAACUCUCAACAGGUGAAGCCACCAUGGAGCUCCUCCCAAGCUUCUCCAUCGAGACGUGGUCAUUUCUGGUCGUCUUGCUGGGACUUCUCUUGCUAUACGGGAUCUGGCCAUUCGGUGUGUUUGGCAAACUAGGCAUCCCGGGUCCCAGGCCCUGGCCUUUCUUGGGAACUCUCCUUCAGUACCGCAAAGGUUUUGUGAAGUUUGAUAGCUGGUGCUUCCAGAAAUAUGGGCGAAUCUGGGGGAUUUAUGAUGGCCGGCAACCUGUAAUGGCUAUCCUGGAUCCUGCUAUUAUUAAAACAGUGCUCGUGAAGGAAUGUUACACCACCUUCACCAACCGACGGAAUUUUGGUGCAACUGGGGUCUUGAAGUCGGCGAUUUCCUUGGCGGAAGACGAACACUGGAAGAGGGUGCGGACCGUGCUUUCCCCAACCUUCACCAGCGGGAAGCUAAAGGAGAUGUUCCCCAUUAUAAAGCACUACGGGGAGGCUUUGAUGCGAAAUGUUCAGAAGAAAGUGGAUAUGGACGAGCCUCUGGUUGUGAAGGAUGUCUUUGGUGCCUACGCCAUGGAUGUGGUCACCAGUACCUCCUUCGGGGUGAACAUCGACUCCAUGAAUAAUCCCAAGGACCCUUUUGUCAAAGAGAUCCAAAAACUCACCAAGUUUCGCUCUUUUGAUCCUCGUAUCAUUCUGUUGUUUACUUUCCCAAUUCUCCGAACCGUGUUUGAGGCGCUGAACAUCCAAAUCUUCUCCGCAGAAGCCGUAGACUUCUUCACAAGGUCAUUCGCCAAAAUGAAGGCAGGGCGAGCGGGGGAGACCAAAGAGGGUCGAGUGGACUUCUUGCAGCUGAUGAUUGACUCCCAGACUUCCAACGGCCACCACCAAAGCAAUGGGAUUGAUCAUACAUAUAAAGGCUUGACCGACGACGAAAUCCUGGCCCAAGCCUUUAUUUUUGUUUUCGCGGGGUACGAACCCACCAGCAACUCCCUCGGUUACAUGGCCUAUAUGUUGGCCACUCAUCCAGAUGUUCAGCAGAAGCUUCAAGAUGAGAUCGAUUCUGUCCUACCCAACAAAGCCCCACUCACAUACGAUGCCAUCAUGCAACUGGAGUAUCUCGACAUGGUGUUGAAUGAGACGCAACGGCUGUAUCCUCUCGGCGGGCGGAUCGAAAGAGUCUGCAAGAAAGACGUUGAAAUCAACGGGGUGACGAUCCCCAAAGGCGUGGUGGUCAUGAUCCCUCCUUACAAUCUCCACCGGGAUCAGGAAUACUGGCCAGAACCUGAAGAGUUUAGACCUGAGAGGUUCAGCAAGGAGAACAAGGAAAGUGUGGAUCCUUACACCUACCUGCCUUUUGGAGCCGGUCCUCGGAACUGUAUCGGGAUGAGAUUUGCUCUCGUCACCAUGAAAGUGGCGAUUACCAUCCUCUUGCAGCAUUUCUCCUUCAGAGUCUGCAAAGAAACACCAAUUCCUCUGGAGCUGAGCUCUCAAGCAUUUUUAGUGCCAGAAAAGCCGAUCGUUUUGAAGUUAGUGCGACGAAAUAAUCUUCAGUGAAGGGUGGGAUGAAGCCCCGCUGCGGGUCUCUUGCGGUCAUCUUUGUAGUGAAUGCCGUUGCUUCGGAAAAGCUGCUUUAUUGUUAUUUUCAUUUUCAUUUUUUUUUUUGCACUACAGUUUUCAGAAUUUUUCGCCAGCCUAGAUAUGGAGCCUAGGCAUCGUUGUGGAUUUAUGCAUUGUCUGUAUGCGGCACUUUAUUUUGUUAGCUGCCCCGAGUCUCUUCGGGGAGGUGGUGGCAGGGUAGGAAUAAAAGUUUAUUAUUAUUAAAAUUUAACAUUCAAAGCGAUCUAUAAUUACAGUUGUAUAAUAAUAAUACUCGGGGACUCGGGGCGGCUUACAGCAAAAUCAAAUACAAAGCAAUGAUAACAUACGAAACAUCAAAGAACAACAACAAAACCAAUAACAAAAUAUACACAAUAACCGGGGGGGGGGGGGGAAACACACACACACACACAACGCGGUAUUAAAACAUUGAGUUAAAAACAAUGAGGUUGCAAUAGUGGAUAAGCAAGGUGCACAUUAUGAAUAACAAAUUCGUAAAUAUAUUGUAUCUAGCAAUGCUGGCCAACCCUCCAAGGCCAACAAUAAUAUCCAUUCAAAAAUUAAUUGAUUGAUUGUUGCUCCCUAGUCCUCCUCUUCUGCAUAUGCUAAAGUGGGUUUUUAAUAGUUUUGUGAAGGAGAAGAGGGAAGGGGACAUUUUUAUCUCUUUUUGGGGGGAGGGAUUAAAAAAAAAAGCAAUUGCAGAGAAGGUUUUCUCUCUCAGUCCCACAAGCUGUACUUGAGACGGAGGUGGGACUGAGAGUAGAGCCUCCUCAGUUGACUGCAGUGCCCGAGUAGAUCUAUAAGACGUGAUGAAGUUCUUCAAGUAGUUUGAACCCAAACUGUUUAAAAAUAAUGACCAGCACUUUGUAUCUAGCCCGGAAGAUUCACUUCACUUUAUUUCUUAAUUAGUCGCUCUCCACCAGAGUGCUCCGAGCGACUUACAAUUUAAAAUAUCAUUUCACAAUAUAAAACAUUCAACAAUGACUAUUUGGCCAAUUAGAUCUGAUUACUUAAAUGCACAGCCAAACAGCCAAGUUAGUAAUCUGGCUGCUGAGCUCUGUACCAAUUGAAGCUUCCAUAGAAUCAUAGAAUAGUAGAGUUGGAAGAGACCUGUUGGGCCAUCCAGUCCAACCCCAUUCAGCCAAGAAGCAGGAAAUCUCAUUCAAAGCACCCCCGACAGAUGGCCAUCCAGCCUCUGCUUCAAAGCCUCCAAAGAAGGAGCCUCCACCACACUCUGAGGCAGAGAGUUCCACUGCUGAACAGUCCUUCUUUUUUCGCCGCCGCAUCACAUUGUUGGCUCAUGUUUAACUUGUUGUCCACGAGGACUCCAAGAUCUUUUUCACUUGUUCCGAACCGUUUUCAAAGGCAGUCCCACGUGGUAGUCCAAAUGGGAUGUGACUAAGGAAUGGACUACCAUGGCCAAGUCUGGUGUCUCAAGUUAUGGGUGCAGCUGACACAUAAGUUUUAACCUUCCGACUGACCUUGUCUGGAUUGAAUUUCAACUUGUUAUCCCUUAUCCAGUUCGUCACUAAUGACACUGAUGUUCAGGGUCAGGAUAUGAGAUUGUCCUCAAAUUCCUUAAUUGUAAUAAGCCAGGCAUUAACACAAGAAAUGAACAUUACAAAGCCUGGGAAUGUCUCCCUCAUGGAGAUGGGGUUGUGGGAAUAUACUGAUGCAAAAUUGCCUUGAAAUUGUAAUAAACGGUGCAUUCAUUAUGAAAGUACGAAUGAGGAUGUCUGGGACCGAAUCGCCAUGAUAUGAUUGGCCAUGUUGUAUAUAGAGUUGUAAAAUUGUCUUGAAAUUCCUUCAUUGUAAUAAUAAAAAUGUAUUAAUGUAAGAAGUAAAAAAUGGGAAAUAUUA